AUGUACCGGCAAAUAUUAAUGACUGAUAAGCAUCGCGAUUAUCAAAGAAUAUUAUGGCGCACGGACCCAAAUCAACCUAUACAAAUAUAUCGACUGAACACGGUCACAUACGGCACGGUACCUGCAUCAUAUUUAGCGACAGGUUGUUUACGAGUACUUGCCGAAACGGUACACGAACAAUACCCGUACAUCACACCUAUUAUCAAUAGAGAUUUUUACAUGGACGACAUAUUGACCGGAGCCGACACGGAACAGGAAGUAAUUAAAAUACGCGACGGCUUGAUUGUGGUUAUGAACAGUGCCGGUCUAACGUUACGAAAAUGGUCAUCAAACGACGCAAGUUUAAUAACAUCAAGUCUACCUAUCGAAGAUAUAGAAAUAUCAAAUAAACACGAACUUAAUUAUUCUUUGAAAAAGGUAUUAGGUUUAUUCUGGGAUGCUACGUCAGAUAUAUUAAAAUAUAACGUGCGUGAGAAUAAAAAGGUAGAGGGGAUGUCUGUUACCAAACGCGAAAUGCUGUCCGAUAUAGCAGCGAUUUUCGACCCGCUGGGUUUAGUCGGCCCAUUAAUAGUGCGAGCAAAAUUAAUACUACAAGCGUUAUGGCGUGAAAAGAUUGAUUGGGACGAACCCGUUUCAGUGAACAUACGCGAACAAUGGUUUGACUAUCGAACACAAUUAUCCGCGCUAAACAGUUUAUCGAUACCACGCAAAAUUACGAACAAUUUAAAAUCGUGUAUUAUUGAGGUCCAUGGGUUUUCGGACGCUAGUACAUUAGCGUAUGGAUGUUGUUUAUAUUUGAGAUGUACGGACAACGCUGGCAUUCACCAUACUAAUUUAAUAUGCGCAAAAUCCAAAGUGGCGCCCUUGAAAACAUUAUCAUUACCACGAUUAGAACUUUGUGCGGCACUGUUAUUAGCACGUUUAGCGAAUAAAUUAAUACCGAAGUUACAAUUAAAAAUUAGUCAACAGUAUUUUUGGACCGAUUCAAUGAUAGUAUUGGCAUGGAUCGCUUCAUCUUCGACGAAAUGA